AUGACAGCACAACCAUUAUGUGAAUCAAAUCUUCAAUUUUUAGGAGGACAUAUUAUUUGUGUUAGCGGCUAUAGUAGUGACGAACGAUUAUUACUUCGUGGAAUGGUUGAAUUGUGUGGUGGUAUUUACAUGGAAGAUAUGGAAAGUAAAUCAGUGACUUUUUUAUUAUCAAAGGGAUUGACAAGUGAUAAAGCAAGUCAUGCCUUACGAUGGGGAGUUCCGGUGUUAUCUCACCAAUGGCUUUUUGAUUGUAUAGCUGAACGACGCCUUCUUUCUAUUAAUCAAUACGUCCUUAAUUUUGAUAUAUAA